AAACUCUUUAGAAUAGAUGGGAGAGAAUAGAACAAUUGUAGCAAUUCGUUUUGAAGUAAAGACAACGCAUGGUGGCGCUGCAGGCUAAGGCUUCAAAAAAGAACCCAUUAACUGCUCAGAACUACUUACUUCAGACCUCUUUCAGCUGAAGAGAAAGCCUGUAAGCAGAGCUCGGACCCGUCAGCCUCUAGAGAGUGUUACUCGCCUACCUUUCCGGACAGUUUGUCAACUGAGAGAUCGAUCGCUGUCUCAGUCCCAUCACUCCCUGAGGUAGUUCUCGACCCGGUUCCUGGAAAGGCGUGUGCAGAAGGAAAGAUGGAGGCCAGAGGGGAGUGCUUUCCUAAACAAAGGCAAGUCCUGAUUCUCCUUCUUUUACUGGGAGUGGCUAUGGCAGGCUGGGAACCUCGUCGCUAUUCUGUGGUGGAGGAAACUGAGAGCGGCUCUUUUGUGGCCAACCUGGCCAAGGACCUAGGGUUGGGAGUAGGGGAGCUAUCUGCGCGGGGAGCCCGGGUGGUCUCUGAGGAUAACGAACCACGCUUGCAGCUUGAUCUGCAGACCGGGGAGUUGAUAUUAAGUGAGAAACUGGACCGGGAGGAGCUGUGCGGCCCCACUGAGCCCUGUGUAAUGCAUUUCCAAGUGUUACUGAGAAAACCUUUGGAAGUAUUUCGAGCUGAGCUACUGGUGAGAGACGUAAACGAUCACUCUCCUGAGUUUUCUGAAAGAGAAGUGAUUCUGAAAAUUCUAGAGACUAGCCCUCCUGGAAGUGUGUUUCCUCUGAAAAAAGCUCAGGACUGGGACGUGGGCAACAACAACAUUCAAAACUACAAUAUUGGUCUCAACUCUUAUUUCCAUGUUUCCACUCGCACCCGGGGGGAUGGCUCCAAAUACCCAGAGCUGGUGCUAGACAAAGAACUGGAUCGUGAGGAGGAGGCGGAGCUCAGAUUCACCCUGACAGCCCUGGAUGGUGGCUCUCCACCGCGCUCUGGCACCUCCCAGAUCCGCAUCUUGGUCUUGGACGUCAAUGACAAUGCCCCGGAGUUUGCGCAGACGCUCUACGAGGUGCAGGUCCCAGAGAACAGCCCGGUAGGCUCCCUAGUUGUCAAGGUCUCUGCUAGGGAUUUAGACACCGGGACAAAUGGAGAGAUUUCAUACUCUCUUUUUUAUAGUUCUCAGGAGAUAAGCAAAACUUUUGAACUAAGCAGCCUUUCAGGGGAAAUUCGACUAAUUAAAAAACUAGAUUUUGAGACAAUAUCCUCAUAUGAACUAGAUAUAGAGGCAUCCGAUGGCGCGGGACUUUCUGGGAAAUGCUCGGUCUCUGUUAAGGUGCUUGAUGUUAACGAUAAUGCCCCAGAAUUAACUAUUUCAUCAUUUACCAGCCCUAUUCCAGAAAAUUCCGCGGAGACAGAAGUGGCUCUGUUUAGGAUUAGAGACCGAGACUCCGGGGAAAACGGAAAAAUGGUUUGCUCAAUUCAGGACAAUGUUCCAUUUAUGCUGAAACCUUCAGUUGAAAAUUUCUACAGGCUGGUAACAGAAGGAGCGCUGGACAGAGAGAUUAGAGCCCAGUACAACAUCACCAUCACAGUCACCGAUUUGGGAACUCCCAGGAUGAAAACAGAGCAAAACAUAACAGUGCUGGUCUCCGAUGUCAAUGACAACGCCCCUGCCUUCACCCAAACCUCCUACACCCUGUUCCUCCCGGAGAACAACAGCCCCGCCCUGCACAUCGGCAGCGUUAGCGCCACAGACAGAGACUCAGGCACCAACGCCCAGGUCACCUACUCGCUCCUGACGCCCCAGGACCCACACCUGCCCCUCGCCUCCCUGGUCUCCAUCAACGCGGAAAAUGGGCACCUGUUCGCCCUCAGGUCGCUGGACUACGAGGCCCUGCAGGCGUUCGAGUUCCGCGUGGGCGCCACAGACCGAGGCUCCCCUGCGCUGAGCAGCGAGGCGCUGGUGCGCGUGGUGGUGGUGGACGACAACGACAACUCGCCCUUCGUGCUGUACCCACUGCAGAACGGCUCUGCGCCCUGCACCGAGCUGGUGCCCAGGGCAGCAGAGGCCGGCUACCUGGUGACCAAGGUGGUGGCGGUGGACGGAGACUCAGGCCAGAACGCCUGGCUGUCGUUCCAGCUGCUCAAGGCCACGGAGCCCGGGCUGUUCAGCGUGUGGGCGCACAAUGGCGAGGUGCGCACCGCCAGGCCGCUGAGCGAGCGCGACGCGGCCAAGCACAGGCUGGUGGUGCUGGUGAAGGACAAUGGCGAGCCUCCGCUGUCUGCCACCGUCACGCUGCACGUGCUCCUGGUGGAUGGCUUCUCCCAGCCCUACCUGCCGCUCCCGGAAGCGGCCCCGGACAAGGCCCAGGCCGACUCGCUCACCGUCUACUUGGUCAUCGCCUUGGCCUCUGUGUCCUCGCUCUUCCUCUUCUCGGUGCUGCUGUUCGUGGCGGUGCGGCUGUGCAGGAGGAACAGGGCGGCCUCGGGGGGUCGCUGCUCAGUGCCUGAGGGCCACUUUCCUGGCCACCUGGUGGACGUCAGCGGCACGGGGACCCUGUCCCAGAGCUACCAGUAUGAGGUGUGUCUGAUGGGAGACCAUGAGAGUAAUGAAUUCAAAUUUUUGAAACCUAUCUUGCCCAAUUUUCUGGACCAGGAUUCUAGGAGGAAAUCAGAAUUUCCAGAAUAAUUUGGAAAUUUCCAUACUGGCAGUAGUUUUAUCUUCCUCACUUCUCCCUUUCUUUAUUUAACUCUGUAGUCGUGUUUAAUUGUACCUUUUUUCUUUUUUCUCUACUGUUGUCGUUAGUACUGUUAUUCUUUUCUUUCUUUCUUUCUUUCUUUUUUUUUUGGCCUAGUUGUUAUAGAGUUAGCUUUUCAGUUAUUGUAUUAUUAGUAGAUAUUUUAUGUCAGAAUAUUUCAUAUUUCUGAUUAAAUUUUUAGUAUUGAUUCCUGAAGAAUAAUAUGAAGGUUAGCCCCUCCUAAUAAAUGUAACUCUAAUUUUAGGAGUACACUUCAGAGUAUAUGACACUAUGCUUUUUAAAUAUAUGCUUUUUAAAUCAUACUUUAUUUUUAAAAUAUUGGAAGUCUUUUUUUGUUUUUAUUAUUUAUACAAGUCUGACUUUUUGAUGACCCUAUUUCUGUUUGGGGUGGAAUCAUUUCAUAAUUAUCCAUGCCCAGUUUCUUCCGAGCUCCCUAUUGGGAUUUUCAUUUUCCCAGUAGGCAGCAAAAUAGAUUAUUUAAAGCUGUUCAUUUCAAGACCACAGUUGUAGUAAUUAUACUUUCACUCUAAAAUACAUAUGACAUCUCCUAAAACCUUAUCUGCAUCAUCUGUUCUUUCUCAUCUAAAUUAAUGUAGAAAAGACUUAUGGAUUCUUCCUUAUGUCUAAGUAAAGUUAUGAUCCUGUUAAGAGUCCUAGACAGGUUUACUGAUACCCAGGUUAACUAUGUUUAAGGUGUUUCUAUAAGGCCAAUAGACUCUAGGACUAACUAAUGCAUUUCCUGCAAUUGUCCUUUUCUACAGCAGGGAAAUUCUCAAGUGAGCUCCAAAUUCUGGGCUCAGAGGAGCGUCUGAUGUUACAGCAUGCCAAUCAAUAUCUACUUGCCUUGGGAUGAUGACAUUGUUCUGAUUGAAAAGGAAUUUGAAAGAAAAUACAUUGUAGAAUUAAUAUUAGUUAACCAAAUGAAACUUAUUAAGGGAUAUGUUGGUAAAGGAGUUGAAUAAUUUAGAGAAAAAAAAUCUCCUCUCUUCUCAGGACUACUCUAUCUCCAGGAGCUUCUCAACUUUGCAGAUACUGUAGAAUGAUGUGGUAUGCAAAAUAAUGGCCCCCAAAGAUGUCCAAAUCCCAAGCCCUGGAACCUAUGAAUAUGUCAUAUUACAUUGCAAAGAGGAAAUAAAGUUCAAAUGGAAUUAAGGUCAGCUAAACUUAAAGUAGGGAGAAUAGCCUAGAUAAUCCAGGUGGGCCUUAUUCAAUCAGUUAAAAGGCCAAAAAGCAGAGUUGAGUCUUCCUUGAGAUAGAGAAGAAAUUCUGCAUGAGGUCAGCAGCUUCAGCUUGUGCCCCAGAGUUCCAACCUGCCCUUGCUAAAUCACCUGCCGUACCGGUUUUGGACUUGCCUAGCCAGAUUUCACAAUCAAAUAAAUCACUUCCUUGCAAGAAAUCUCUCAAUUUACAUCUGCUGCCUCUGUUUCUUUGGUUGAACCCUGAGUGAUACACAUUUUGGUAGCUGGAAGUGGGAUUCUGCUGUAACAAAUACCUAAAAAUGUGGAAGUAGCUUUUCAAUUGGGCAAAGGGGAAAGGCUGGAAGAAUUUUGAGAAGCAUGAUAGAAAAAGCCUAGAUUGCUUUGCACAAACUGUUAGUAGAAAUAUGAUGUUAACAAAUCCGUUAGUGAGGACUCAGAAGGAGAGGAGGAGCAUGGUGGAGAAACACAUGUUGCCUUAGGGAGUACCUAAAUCAUUUUAAACAGACUAUGUGUAGAAAUAUGGAUAUUAAAGGCCCUGCUGGUGAGGGUACAGACACAAGGAAAAUGUUAUUGGAAAGUGAAGGAAAGGGAAUCCUUCUAUAUAGUGGCAGUAAACUUAAGUUUGAGUCCUGCCAUUAUGUGGAAAGAAGAAUUUGUAAACAAUGAACUUGGAGAUUUAGCAAAGGAGAUUUCCAAAGAGUUAAAGGGACAGCCUGUUUUUUUCUUGCUGCUGGUAGUAUAAUGUGAGAGGAAAAAAUAUGAGAGGAAUUAGAUUGUGGUAAGAGCUGUAAAGCAAAAAGGAAUCAGGACCUGAUGACUGGGGAAAUUCUCCGGCUACUCAGAUUUCAAAAGAUGUUAAAAUUAGGAGACUGACUUCCAGGAAUGCAUGUUCUAGAGAGAAAGCCAAGGAUAUAGCAGGAUAACAUUUUAUCAGUGCCUUGAAAGGAUCAGAGUCGUCAAUCACAUGGAAGUCUCUUUGAAGAGACUAGCCAUGUGACAUAGAUAUCUUCAGUCACCUCAGCAGAAGUCAGAAAUAUAGAGUGAAUUAUUCAGGAAAGAACUGUGAAGGAGUCUUUUAUAUAAUGAAGUAAACUCUAUGACAUACACAAGAGACCCACAAGGUUAUUGAGAAUGUUGUAUCAGUAGAAACAAGCUUGAACUGAAAGGGAUAAUGAGAACAAAUUAAAUAAAGCUGUUGUGCCCCCAAAUUCUAUAAGAAAGAAACAUACUAUUGAAACUACUUAGCUGAAAACACAUACUACCACUAAUGAAAAAGGAAGGAUGGUUUAGAGGAUGGAACCAGGAGCCCAAAGUGUAGAGCUGUAAGCCAUGGUGGAUUAGUCUUGAAAGCAGAAGUCUCCCUGGGUGGAUUGCUACAUUUCUAGAUACAGGUAAUUACUUUUUCACUUUGAUUUUUUACAUAGUUGUCUGACUAGGUCCCAACCUAUCUAUUUAAGAUGUGUGAGAUGCUUUUCAGGAAAGUAGUUUUGCUUAGGUGUUAUCAAGGGAGAGUACUCUGAAGUACUGCAGUUGAAUUUAUAUCUUCAUUCAAUUAUCUCCCAAUUUGGCACACACAAAUAAUUGAAUUUUCAAAGAAAUAUCCAUGGCUAGUAGUAUCUCCAAAAGUUGAGUUUCAGAGAAUAGAAUGAGAAGGGGAAAUGAUAAAUGCCAAGCAUACUUUUAAAUCUGCAUUAAUGGUGUCCUGAGAAAGAUGAAAUACAAUGUUUAUGCAGCAAUCCAGAAUAUGUCUUUCUCACAGGCAGGAAAAUAGCAGGGCUAAAAAUUUUACUUACUAAAUUUGUCUAAACAUGGAUUCUGAUCUUCAUAAGUAGAUCAGCAAUCUAUGUGUUUUGGUGGAUUAUGGCUGGUGAAAGGAUAACAAACCAAUUCUCCUAUAUGUCACACAUAGAACAGUUUUGAACAUAAGUGACAAGUCAUUGUUUUUAGUGAAUGAAAGUUAAGAAUAGUGAAUGAAGAUUUUUGGAAACUACCAGGAUAGAGACUCUUUCAUCAACAUAAACAUAACCAUUCAUUUUUCCUCCUAUUUUCUCUUCCAGAUAUUAUAGACUCCCUUUAAGAUUUCUAUAAGUUCCAACUUGCCUUUUAUAGUAUUAAUCCAAGGCCAUUGACCUUUUUUCCUUAUUUCCCCUCCUUGCUUUUAUUUUCUUCCUAAAUAGAGUACAUAGGUAUUUGUGAUCACAUGACAGCAUUCAUAAAGUGAGAGAUCUUUUAUUCCAAUAACUGUAAAGUGGACAAUUUUAAUUUCUUCCAAAAAUGCAUUUAAAUGGGGGAAAUAGUUUCCUGAGAAUACAAUUAACUAUAUUUUUUACAUAAUGAAAAUAAGCUGCAGUAUUUCUUCACUAUCCUUCAAACCACUGUUGAAAAUAUCAUCAUGGCAUUUCUAUUUCCAUUACCAUAAACAUGGAAAUUAUUCUAGAAAAUUUAACUAAUGCUACUACUUAAAUGUAUGUAAGAUAAUCCUACUUUGACUGAUGACUAAAUUUUGAGAAAAUAUUUUCUUAAAAGUUAAAAGUUUGGUCAUGUUAGCAAGGGACUCACUGGAUAUUAUGAAGUCAUGGUGGAGUGUUCUGAUUUAUCCUUGGAAUAAUGCCCCUAAUUUAUUUUACAAUCCUGGAUGAGCACUCUGUAAUGAUGUAUUUUCUUCAGAAAAGAACAAAAGAGACAUAAAGAUAAUGUAUACUUUUGUUAACUCAGUGCCUAUUCCUAAAAAAAAGGAUCACUUUCUUGUAAAACCAACAGAAUCUAGGCACCAAUAUAGGAAAAAGAAUGUAGAGAACUCUUUUCUUAUGUAUGUAUUUCCAUUCUAUUUGGGGAGAUGUUUGUGUCUUUUUUCCCAAACAAAUAAAAAUAAUAUUCCAUGAGAGUUUACUUUGGUGAUAGUUAAUGGGAAUUUAACUUAGAGAGAGGCCUCAUUGCAAUACUUGUACAUAAAUUAAAUCUUGGCAAAACCCUACAGCCUUUAUGCUGGGAAUUAUAACAAAAAAAUAAUCAGGAUAUUGUCUUCAUUGCUGUAUCAGUAGCCUGGAAAUUAGUGCAGAAAUUUUACUAUUGGCUAUGGGAACCCCCUUGUGUCAUAUGCUCUGAAAUGUGAAUGAGCAAGUCAAGAACCAAAGAUAUUAAAAUGAUUGAAAAUGCCCAAGUAGGCAGUCCUGGAAAUGCUUCCAUAUUGUUUCAUAUAACAUUUGACAUAAAAUAAAAAGGCCUAUGAAAUCAAGUU